CGUUUAAUUUCCUCCCUUCUUUCCCGUAAAAGAUAUUUCCUUCCUUCCGACCCAAAUCAAUCAGAAUUACUAAUAUUUGAUCUGGUUAUUUUACCCCCCAAAAUAAAAAUGUCAAAGCAAAAUGCCAUCUUCAUUGUAGCCAUUCUGCUGUUACUCACCGUUACAUGUACGGCUCGCGGUGAUCCUUCUCUGCUGAAAGCCCUUAAAGAGAAUCCUGAGGCGGAGAAAUUCGUGGGGGUUGAAGGAGCAAGCUGCCAAGGAGCGGAGGAUGAAGAAGAGUGCUUGAUGCAGAAAAGUUUUGUGGCUCAUCUCGAUUACAUUUACACAAAUGACAGCCAGGGCGGAAAUGGCCGUUAGCAUACUCCUUUUCCAUGCCUCAAUGUAUCUAGGUGCAAAAUAAACUAU